CUAGCCCAGCAAAAUUCGCUGAGAAAAGUAAUAACAGCAACACGUAUAUAGAAGCGUUGGAACCAAAAGAAUACAAUUGCUGGUUGAGUCGACGACAGAGACGGAACACGGCACUUUCUAAAUUCCAAGCCCUUACUAAUUAGUUAAAGUUGAUUUAAGGAACACACCACAAGAUGAAUAAAACGGACGACAUGAAGAGCGCAUGGACGGAUGACUUCAAGCUCGAUGCGAUGCGGGCCAUGGGCUGGAACGUGGAUGCCGAUAUUCCCAUGGCGAAUGACGAAAAUCUGGCGAUACUUCAGUCCAUGGAUGAGCUGCGAGCGCUGAAGUUUGAUUUGCAGCAGAAGCUGAAGCAACUGGAUGAGCGGGACAAGGCCAUAGAGCGGCACAGACGCAACAUUGACGCCACGGUCCAACAAAAUAUAACCUUCUACAACACGGUGAAGAACGAUGUCCUGAAGGAGGCACAUAAAAUGCAGCUCGUUAUUUUGGAGCGCAACAAACUGAAGGAGGACCUGCGCAAAAAUAAGAAGGAAAUGGAGGAAUACACCGAGCUUAGCGAGCGCAUGCAACGCACAAUUGCGCAGAACAAGCACGAAAUCGAUGAUAUGACGUCGCGCAUAAAAAGCUCCAAGACGGCGCUACUCGAGUGGACCGAGGCCAUGGAGGAUGGCAACAAGGGCUACGAGUUGAUCGAGAAGUACUAUCUGGAUGAUCAGCAGAAGGCGCGCGAGUUAAAUACGCGUCGGCAACAGCUUCAGGCGGAAAUUGAUAAGAAACGGAAGGUGAUCGUUCAACUGUACGAUGAGCAGAACACGCUGGAGAAGAAUCUAGAGCGUACGGCCUGUCUGUAUCGGACAGCGCAUCUGGAACGUCGCCAAAUGGUGGAGACCUGGAAGCAGGCGGUCAAUCAAAUGACGCAACGUGAGACGGACAUCCAACAGGGCGAGGAGGAGUGCUUGGCCUUGGAGGAGCGGGCGGAAACCAGGGCGGCGGACUACAGGGAAUACGACAAACAACUAGACCGAAUCAUUGAGAACAAUCGUGAAGUCGAAGCGACCAUUGAGGAGCUGAACAUGGAAACAUCGGGCAUGAAGGCACAAUUACAGCAACUGAUAGAUGCUGGACGUCUGAAGGAGCGUGAGAUCGAAGGCCUUCGCAAGGAGCUUGAAAAUCUCUCCAAUUCUGUGCAUUUGCAGCGCCUGGAGAAUCGCAAGCUCAUUGGACAGCGCGACGCCAAGCUGGCUGAGAUUGAGAAAUCCACUGAAAUGGUGCAGCAGAUAACCGAACGCAUGCAGGCCAUGGAGAAUAAGACGAUGAAUGCAGCGCAGCGCCUGCAAAUUCUCGAGGAUAUGAACGACAGUGAGGACAAGCUGUUGCGUGAUCUCACCAAGGAGCAGGACCGGGUGAACGAUCUGCUGUUUCGCACUCAACGCCAAAUUGACGAGCUGAAAGACGAGGAAAAGACACUGCUAGUGAACACAGAUGCAUUGCGCUCCACUCUGAACGCCAUGCGACGCAGUUCCCGUGGUCUUGAGAAGGAGCUGCGUCGCCAAACGGAAAUACACUACAACAUGGCGUUCAAGUAUCUGGAGGCUGAGCGUCGACUGGCGACCAUGCGCGGCAGUCAGGUCGAUCCCGAGGCGGAGGAGCGUAAUCAGCAAACUCUGGCCGAUCUAGAGCAGUAUUAUGCGAAGUUGCAGCGUCGAUUGGUAUCCACAGAGGCGCAAAACAAGAAGCUCAACUAUAGCAUGAACGCAUUGGUCGGCGUCUAUAACAACGAUGCCAAGGAACUAGACCUGGUCAAGUUCAAGAUCAAGGAGGCGCAGGUCUACUGCGAGGGCACCGUCAAGCGUGUGCGACAGAAUCGCUUCGAAAACUCUGAGCUGAUUGUGGAACUCAGUUUGGUGAAGAUGCGCUGCCGUGACAUGGAACUGGGCAUCGAAGGCUGCGAAAAGGGCACCUAUGAUCUGGCUCAGCAUCGUCUGCAAUUUCAGCGUGCGGUCAAGGAUCGCUUUGUGGAGCUGCGCAGCCAGGAGGAUGUGCUUAACCUAAAGCGCAAACAUUUGUCCGAAGAGCUGAGCACCUUGCGUGCCGAUCUUGGCGAACGUAAGAAACACAUCGAAGCUGUACGUGCCCGCUUCGAACUGACCUCCCGACUUCUCGGCACCAAUGAUGACGGCACUGUUGUGACGGCCACACAGCUGAAGGUGGAGAGCGCCCAGGAACGUCAGCUGCUCGCCGAUCAAGGGGAUGCCCUGAACAAGAAGGUGCUAAAGGCUGAGGCCGAAGUUGUCGCUUUGGAGAACACGCUACGUCAAUUCGAUCGCUCUAAUGACAAUUAUCGCCAAACCUUCAAGAAAGCCGACGAAAGCUCGAAGGCCCAAGAAAAGGCCGAGGAGGAACUGAAAGAAUUGCAAGCGACUUUUUGCAAUGAUCUGAACAAGCUAAAGUUUCUGCGUUGCAAGGUUCAGCGUUACGAUGCCCAACAGGAACAGCAGAAAGCGGAGCAGGACGAACUAUUGAAGAAGGUAGAGGCCGCAAAACAAAAGCGGGCAGAAAAUUCAGAGCUGUUGGAGAAACUACGCAAGGAACUGGAAGAGCAGCACACGAAAAUGGAUCGUGCCGCUCGGGAGAUACGCCAAGCGCUCAAAGAGAUCAAACAGAGACCGAUUAGUGAUGAUUUCCUGGAGAUGUUCGAACGAGAUUUAGAUUUGCAGGAGCUGGAGAAUCGCAAUACGAAGGCAUUAAACUUGCUCGCCGACAUGGCCGCCAGCGACGAGGACGGUCCCGAAAUUAUACACUACAUGCUACGCAAAGGACUCAAGUUGCCGCAGCAUUUGAAGCGCACACGCAGCUGCGUAUCCUGGAAGAGCGCUUCAUCAUCAUCCAUGGAUGCCUCAUACAUCUCGUCGCUAAAGGGUUUCAGUGCACGAUCAUCGGCCUCUGAUAUGAGCUCGGCUAAGGAUGACUCUUCGACGCAUCUAAGCGUGGUUUCACUUAAUUUUCCCGAUAAAAUAUGAUUACUUAAUCCAGAUGAAUACGCUGCUGUCUAAAUAAAACUAAAUACAAUUUACUUCGAAUAUACUA